GCCAAGAUGAUUAUCAAGUUGCUGAUUGCGGUUCUUUUGUUCCAGUUAUCGCUGGUCCACACUUUCUCGCAAAAAGGAUUGGAGUGUAAGAAUCCUCGAUCAAAAAUCUGCUUGCUGCAGUUUGUGACAUUGGAUGGUUAUGAGGAAUCCACAUUUCCGAAUUUGGCUGAAAAACAUACUUUGAUCAUUCGCUCCGGAAAUAUUCCCCAUUUCACCGAAAAUGUCGUGUCCCAAUUUGGAGGCGUUACAAAGGUAACGCUUGGACGGUUGAACAUCGAAUCUCUUUACAUCCCAUCCAACUGGGUUUCUUUGAAUGCCGAAUCCAACCAUAUCCGGGAGUUGGUCGUGGAGUCAACCGAUGAUGACCCUUCAGAUAGAUUUUUUGGUGAUGAACCAGCCGAUUCCAAAGAAAAUUCUGAUGCAGUACUUAGCGCAGAAAAUCCUGCUGAAGAUACACCUGAAGCAAAAACUCAAGUUGCAUCUGAAUCAAAAACUCAAGUUGCAUCCGAAGUAAAAACACCAGUUGCAUCCGAAGCAAAAACUGCAGUUGCAUCCGAUGCAAAAACUCAAGUUGCAUCCGAAUCAAAAACUCAAGUUGCAUCCGAAGUAAAAACACCAGUUGCAUCCGAAGUAAAAACUGCAGUUGCAUCCGAUGCAAAAACUCAAGUUGCAUCCGAAUCAAAAACUCAAGUUGCAUCCGAAGUAAAAACACCAGUUGCAUCCGAAGUAAAAACUGCAGUUGCAUCCGAUGCAAAAACUCAAGUUGCAUCCGAAUCAAAAACUCAAGUUGCAUCCGAAGUAAAAACACCAGUUGCAUCCGAAGCAAAAACUGCAGUUGCAUCCGAUGCAAAAACUCAAGUUACAUCCGAAUCAAAAACUCAAGUUGCAUCCGAAGUAAAAACACCAGUUGCAUCCGAAGUAAAAACUGCAGUUGCAUCCGAUGCAAAAACUCAAGUUGCAUCCGAAUCAAAAACUCAAGUUGCAUCCGAAGUAAAAACACCAGUUGCAUCCGAAGCAAAAACUGCAGUUGCAUCCGAUGCAAAAACUCAAGUUGCAUCCGAAUCAAAAACUCAAGUUGCAUCCGAAGUAAAAACACCAGUUGCAUCCGAAGCAAAAACUGCAGUUGCAUCCGAUGCAAAAACUCAAGUUGCAUCCGAAGUAAAAACACCAGUUGCAUCCGAAGCAAAAACUGCAGUUGCAUCCGAUGCAAAAACUCAAGUUGCAUCCGAAUCAAAAACUCAAGUUGCAUUCGAAGCAAAAACUGCAGUUGCAUCCGAUGCAAAAACUCAAGUUGCAUCCGAUGCAAAAACUCAAGUUGCAUCCGAAUCAAAAACUCAAGUUGCAUCCGAAGCAAAAACUCCCCUUGCAUCCGUAGUAACUACUACAACCGAAUCUCAAGAAUAUACUAAAUUAGAUCAUAUAACUACUUCUACCCCAGCUGAGUCAGAUGAAGUCGCUACACCAGUCGUUGGAUACAAGCUUCAAAGUUUGAACCUUGCGAACAACAAACUUCAAUCCAUACGGGAACUGAAGUGCAUGGUCAAUCUGAAAGAACUCCGUCUAGAAGGCAACAAGCUGGAGUUCAUCGAAAUGGCAACGUUCGACGGAAUGACAAAACUUACGAAACUGUCUCUAGCCAAGAAUAAUAUCAACCACAUAUCCAGCCCACAACCAAUACAACUGCCCUCACUGGAGUGGUUCUCGCUGGCAUUCAACAAGCUUGCGACACUGCAGGUCAGCAACUGGAAUAUGCUGCAGCUGGUUGAGCUGGAUAUUAGCAACAACAUGCUGGUCAAACUGGAUGUGGACAACUUCGAUCAGUUUGUGAGCUUGGAGAAACUGGCCGUGGCUAAAAAUUUAUGGACUUGUUAUUGGCUCAAUGAGGCGCUGAAAGAGAUCAAAAAUCGGGACUUCAUUACACUGGUUGAUCGGAAUGAGGAUGCAGGAAAUUGUCCAAACGGACUACCUGUAGAGGGCAUCUGCUGCAGUUUGACCGUACACGAUGACGAUGAAUCGAACAAUGAAAAUUUGCAUGAAAGGAUGCAACGCUUCCAGAAGGAACAAGACCAAAUGGACACAAACCUUAAGGAAAAUAUAGAUUCGUUUCAGGACGAAUGGAACGGUCGGUGGGAUACUCUCCAUGGAGAUGUGGUUGGAAAACGGAAACAAAUUGACGCGAAAGAAAGAGAGCUUAAAGAUGACAACAAGGUGACAGACAAGGAUAAAAAUGAUCUGAAAAUAAUGAUCGAUGAUUGUAGGAGUUUGUUGAAUAAUAUGGAGAGUCUUCGCAAAGAGAAUUCACUCUAUGCUCAGAGCUUUACCCAAUCGUUUUACACGACGAUCGCUCUGAAAAACAAACUUCUUGCAGCGAUGAGAAGUUCUUCAAAACUAAAACAAGAUAUGCUCCAAUAUGAAAUUAGUUUCAAAGCUGACGUAAAGUGAGUUGACAGUGUUCAGCUUGAUGCUAUCCUAGGCCAUCGGAAUGCUUGUAUAACAAAGAUGUUUUUUUAUGAUACGUAUACAAGCAUAUUCAUAUCUGCAAAUAUAGGUCAAAAGUUUGCAUUAUAUACUAUGGAUCAUUACCUAUGUGAUGAAAUUCAUUCAUAUAAAUGCGAUUUGAACGAAAUUUGUUUUAUUUUGCAAUUCUAUCUGUGCUUUGUUAUACGACUUCUGGUUGUCUGGGUUUAUAUUAGAAGCAAAAUAGGUAAUUUAUCGGAUAAUAAAAUAAGCUGAAACGAAAUUGCUCCAUUUUUUAAGUAUAAUAAAACCUUCGUUUGUAUUCCGACAGCCUAUUAUUCGAAGCGUUACUAAUUGGAAAUUACGGAAAGAACUAAGAUCUGAAAUUGAAUUAGGCCUAAACGAUUCAGUUUGAAAGAAAACAAAUGUUUUUAGUGUAGUUAUUAGCCCGUGGUUACCACUGCUAUUCCUAUUACAAAGAUCCUAUUACUACUGCAAAAUCCCCAAUAGAUGUCGUAUUGUUCCAGUAUCUGUAGGUACACAAAGUUUUAAAUGGACACUUUUUGUUUCGGAAUGUCUCGUAAUUGGCUUUCUGAAAAAAAUCCGUGUUCGGAAUACUAUAAACUUUCAGAAGUACGCAGCACUACGAGAACUCUUCAAAUUCCAAGAACCUUUGGAGCUCUGGUGCUUUUGGGCUUUUGCACUCCUGAUGCUUGACCAACUCUUGAUAAACUGGCAACUUUGUAAUUAUUAAUCUCGAGUAAACCGCGAGUAUUCGGCCCUCAUUCUACUAACUUUAGUUGUAAAAAAUGAUUAUUUAAAAUUACAUGUAAAGCAGUGGCGUCUCGUCCGCCUGUUCAACCUGUUCAUAGGACAGGUUGAUAAAAAUUUUAAACACAUUAUAUUACUUUUGUCUGUCAAUACAAUUUGAUACUAAACAAUAAAGGAUUAAUACCAUAAAUUACAAUAAUCGAAUUGAGCAUAAUUUUAUCAAUUGAAAAUCAAAAUACACACUCUAUCUAUAUUUUAGAGUAAAA